AAUAUACCCCAGUGACUUAAGACUGGUUUUGUGCUCCAGGGUCACAUAUGAAUAACAGGCCAGUCCAAACUAUUUAAUGUUAGCUUUUUGUUCAUCUAUAUCAACAACACUGUAUGAACAUUCAAAUGUGUGCAGACUGUAUGCAUGCAAUCCCGCACUUAUUGAAGCUUUCAGAAGUUAUUUGAGCAAGCACUGAUGCAGCUCACACAACACGCUUUAAUCUGUCUGUGUUCUUAUGUGUUAUGUGUCCUUUUGUCCAAAAAUGCUGCCUUUGCUGUUGUCAAUGCAGAAGAUAUAAAAAAUAAAAUUGUAUAUAUUCGUGGUCUAUUAUCUCUUCACUUCAUUCGUGUUCACACUGAAAAUAAUGGCUCUGUAGACUAAGAUGGUGAGUCAUACACGAGGUGCAGUUUAGCUACAUGAAAUAACCACAAAACCGUUUCCUGUAAGACUUAUGAGCAAUUUUUUUCAGUUGUGAUCACAGUGGAACAUUUUCUCACCUAUAACCUGCCCCCUUACCUAAACCACACUCGCCCCCUCCCCUUCUACCUUUUAAAACCCAGGGUAAAGUUUGUAGGACAUUAUCCAGUUGAUAACAGCUUUAUCUCAAGAAGAAGAAGAAUCUGCAGCUAUGCGUCAGUAUUGUCUUUGUCUUUUUAUUGGUCUUCUGGCGGUUGCAUUCCUCCAGUCUGGUGUAAUGGGCAACAGUGCCAAUUUACCAUCCGAAUGCUGUUUUAAUCAUUACGGGAGAAAAAUCCCCAUUGCUAAAAUUGAUUCCUAUAUAGAGACAAGAGUGGAAUGCUCCAAACCUGGAGUCAUUUUUGUCACAAAGAGGAGUUAUCGUAUCUGCGUGGAUCCUCAGCUGAGCUGGGUGAAGAAUGCCAUGAAAGCAGUCGAUGUUCGUGAUCUUUAGUGAUGCUGCUGUGGCCAUGAUCAACAUGCUCGAAGGAACGCUUUUGCUUGGUUCUUAAGUGAAGUAUUAGCUCAGUAAACCUCCUUCUGUAAUGCUCGGAUAUUCUUUUCAUUAUUAUCAUGGGAGGCAUCAUGUCAAGUAACUGCAUAUUUUGAUGAGUUCAGUAUUUCUUUAACAUUCUGCAUUAAAUGCUAAAAUAAUUGUUUUACCUUUUAACUCGUUAAUUUUACUGCAAAAUAACAUGUAAACAGACAACAAUCACCCUGUUCUUACUAGGAUUACAGGGACGAUUUAUGAUAGUAUUUUUUUAUUCAACCUACAU